AUGUUCAAGCCUUCGCAACCGAUGAUGGCGCGAUUGCGCCUGACGACAAAGCAGGUCAAUGGCGGCUACUACAAGGGAAACCGGACCGGGUCGAUGGGAUAUUUCGCGAAGAACGGAUCCUACAUUAUCGACUGGAAGAAAGUGCGCACGUACGUGGUGCCGGAGAACCUGGAUCAGUUCAAGUUGACACCAUUUGUGACAAACCGCAUGACCCCGACGAAAGGCAAAUACACCAGGGAGAUUGUAAAGGAUAAUGGCGACGUUGUGAUUGUUGAGCGCGCAUUUGGCGGAAAGGACUUCCUCGAUCUGUGGGCCUCGGACAAUGGUCGGGAGGUCCUUGAGCAAGAACGGAUUGAGAAAGGCGAAUCGACCGAGGCUCGUCAAUAA